AUGGAGCCCAACAGCCCUAAAAAAAUACAGUUUGCUGUGCCACUGUUUCAGAGUCAAAUAGAUCCUGAGGCAGCUGAGCAGAUCAGGAAAAGAAGGCCUACACCAGCAUCGCUUGUCAUCAUGAAUGAACACGUGCCCCCAGAAAAAGACGAGAAGAGAACAAACAUCUCACAGGCAGAGUCCCAGAGUGCCUCUCCCAAGCAAAGGAAGCAGAGCGUCUUCACCCCGCCUGCCCUCAAAGGGAUUAAGCAUCUGAAGAGUCAGAGCGACUCAGCGUUUCCAGAGGAAGAAGAGGGAGUUAGCGAAAGGGAAGAGGAGUGGGGCCAUUAA